AUGAAAUUGUUACCAAAAAUACCGAGUGCCGUUCAUCCUCCAGUUCCAGACGAUGUUCGAUUAACUUUUGACGAAAUUGAUGAUUUACAAGAAGGAGCACAAGAUCCAGAAACGAGAGCUGGAUUAUUUCAGGGUGAUAUGGCAUUAACGAAUGAAUUUUAUGAUUACUGGAGAGUAGGAUUACGUUGGGAUGUUUUUCCAGAAAAACUUUGGCCAAAUAAUACAGUACCUUACGUUAUAAGUCCGUUGUACGGCUACAUAAAAUUACGGGGCAUUCAUGUGGAUGACUACGUAACCAUAUACACGGCAAUAAGAACGAUCAAUUACAUGACUUGUAUUAAAUUUGUACCAUGGAAUGGAAAAAUAAAAGAUUUUCUUUUAAUUUGGCCGAUAAAAUAUCCAAAAGGUUGUUGGUCAUUCGUUGGAAAAUUUGGGGGACCGCAAAUUGUUUCACUUCAACCCCCCGAUGAAAAUGGUCCCAAUUGUUUGGGAACAGAAGGAAGAUCCAUACACGAAUUAUUACAUGCUUUAGGGAUUUUUCACGAGCAAUCGAGAUCUGAUAGAGAUCGUUUUGUUAAAAUACAUUUCGAUAAUAUAUUACCGGAUUUGGCGGUAAAUUUCGAUAAACAAAGUUUGGAAAAUACAACGUAUAAUUUUGAAUACGAUUACGAUAGUAUAAUGCAUUACGGAAAAUAUUUUUUUAGUAAAGAAAAAGGAAAACCUACCAUAACUCCUAAAAUGCCUGGAGUUAAAAAAUUGGGUCAAAGAAAAGCCAUGAGUAAAACUGACUGUUUAAAAAUAAAUGAUUUAUAUGGAUGUCUCACUAAAAAUAUUUAUUAUCAAAGAAAAUAUUAUCGAAUUUGUCAAAAUUUAGGUCUUUGA